AUGGCACUGAGUCGUCGGGCAACUGACGACGAAGAUGAAGACGAUCGAUGUGCGACGUGUGUGUCGUUGAAUCUAACUCGGGUCACACCCGAGUUAUGCCUUUUCGAUGAAAUUGUCGCGGCUUACACGAACGAACCGGAUUACGCGGACAUUAUCGCCUAUCUGCGCGCUCCCAGUGAGGCUGCACUGGGAGCUCUUUCGCGAACGAAGCGUGACCACAUUCAACGAUACAGUAUGGACGAUGAUUUGCUGUUAUAUAGCAUCGACAAAUUCGAUGCACCUCGAACGGUGAUUGCGAAUGACUUGGAUUUGCGUGCUCGUAUCAUCCACGAGUACCAUAAUGCCCCAAUUGGCGGUCAUCUGGGCCGCGAAAAGACAUUCGCGGCUGUCUCGCGUGACUUCUUCUGGCCCCACAUGUACAAAUGGGUUCGCAACUGGGUUCGCACCUGCGAAAUAUGUCAGCGCGUGAAGCCAUCUCCAUCGUCGCAGGCACCCCUUCGACCCCUGCCAAUUGCAGCUGAGGCUUGGAGCUCAGUCUCAAUGGAUUUUAUCUUAGGGCUUGCACCAGAUGGUCAAGACCGAACGAGUAUUCUGGUCUUUGUCGACAGAUUCAGCAAGAUGACACAUCUGGUGCCUGUUCAUGCAACGAUCACCGCGGCUGAGACCGCGGUGCACUUCAUUGACACUGUGUUUCGCCAUCACGGUCUACCAGACAACAUUGUCUCGGACCGUGAUCCUCGUUUUACAUCUGCUUUUUGGACGUCAUUGUUCGAGUUGCUUAGCACAAAGCUGCAAAUGUCGACAGCAGCCCAUCCGGAAACGGAUGGGCAAACAGAGCGAGGUAAUCGGGUCCUCGAAGAUGUUCUUCGAAGUUACGCAACGUCCUUCAAGUUGGAGUGCGUUUUUGCCACUCGCGGAGUUUGCACUAAACAGCGCGGUUCACGCGUCAACGGGGUUGACGCCAUUUUUUGCAAAUUCGGCCCGUCAUCCUCGUGUACCUACUCUUCUUGCCGUGGGUCAGCCCACGGCUCUUCGUGGCUCCACUCUGGCGGCGGGUGA